CCCUACCGCAUAGAGCGAGCCUGAGACGAGCUGCCAGAACGGCCAAAUGAGAGACUGGAUGAACUAGCAACCCUGUAACUACGGUAGUUGUAAGGAAAUUUUCUCCUCUAAGUCACGAUACCAAAUAGGAAAAAUGAUCUACAAGUGCCCCAUGUGUAGGGAGUUCUUCUCUGAGAGAGCAGACCUUUUUAUGCAUCAGAAAAUUCACACUGCUGAGAAGCCCCAUAAAUGUGACAAGUGUGAUAAGGGUUUCUUUCAUAUAUCAGAGCUUCAUAUUCAUUGGAGAGACCACACAGGAGAGAAGGUCUAUAAAUGCGAUGAUUGUGGUAAGGAUUUUAGUACUACAACAAAACUUAACAGACAUAAGAAAAUCCACACAGUGGAAAAGCCCUAUAAAUGUUACGAGUGUGGCAAAGCUUUCAAUUGGAGCUCACAUCUUCAGAUUCACAUGAGGGUUCACACAGGUGAGAAGCCGUAUGUCUGUAGCGAGUGUGGAAGGGGCUUUAGUAAUAGUUCAAACCUUUGCAUGCAUCAGAGAGUCCAUACCGGAGAGAAGCCCUUUAAAUGUGAAGAGUGUGGGAAGGCCUUCAGGCACACUUCCAGCCUCUGCAUGCAUCAAAGAGUUCACACAGGAGAGAAACCCUAUAAAUGUUAUGAGUGUGGGAAGGCCUUCAGCCAGAGCUCGAGCCUCUGCAUCCAUCAGAGAGUGCACACGGGGGAGAAGCCCUACAGAUGUUGUGGGUGUGGGAAGGCCUUCAGCCAGAGCUCCAGCCUCUGCAUCCACCAGAGAGUGCACACUGGGGAGAAGCCUUUUAAGUGUGACGAGUGUGGGAAGGCCUUCAGCCAGAGCACCAGCCUCUGCAUCCACCAGAGGGUGCACACCAAGGAGAGAAACCAUCUCAAAAUAUCAGUUAUAUAAAGCGUUUUGCUAAGAGUUAAAAAUCUUAAAACCCAUAAGUGCCACUAGGAAGGAAACCCUGUAAAUACCUGCAUUUCCCCAAGAAAUUUUCACAGCCAGCCCCAGCAGAACAUUCUUUUCGAAGAGGCAUAUGUGAGGUUGAUUUUUUUUGAUUCAUGCCAAGUGUGUUCCGCAACUUGACUUCGAAUCCGGUAUCCCUCUGGUGUCUGCCCAAGAUGGGCUGUGAGGUCCCAGCGUUUCCCAUCCCCCAACGUGGGUGUGCGUCUCUUGCGAUUCUGGCACCAUGCCUCCGUAGUUGAAAUGCUACACAGGAAACCAUGAUCAUUACCCAGCCUCCUGCGUCACCUUCUGUUGACGCUUCAUUCAACAGUUACCCCAGGUACUCCCCUCGUCGGGAGCUCACGACCCCCUUUUGAUUCAAGUAUACCGAAAACUGCGCUUGAAAAUGGACAGCUCCCACUGAGACGGUGUCCUGGUAUUUCUGAGGUUCCCCUUGAUUCAGCCCCUACAUAUCUUUUUAUAUGUCCCAUUAUUUCUGAACCCACGUUACCUGUAUGUCCUCAAAAUAUUCAUAAAUAUCCACCCCUUCCUAGAUGGCAUUAAAUUUCAUUUUAGGUUUUA